CAGUGGCCCAGAAUAGCAAGCGCCACAAAAAGCGAGUAGCUUUCACACCCCAUGAAGGACGGCAAAUGAAAGCAUUUUAUGCAAAGAUGCGACCGAAGUGUCAGUCUGAGUACCAAGUGUGGAAACUGUUCUCGCAACUGCAUCCCUCCAGGCGAGCAGAAUCCUAUCACUCACAUGCCCGUAGAAAUCUUGAAGUUAAGAUUAUCGGUCCCACGAAUCAUGAAGGAAGUGUAGGUGACAAUGAGGAAGACCGCGAAAUUCCGACGCCACAAAGGACCCGACAUGGAAGGAAAUCCCCAUCCCACGAGGGUGGCAGGCCAGAUGAUUGGGUACGAAAGAACCAACUUUCAACAAGGGAUAAUAGGUUAGACACGGAGGGCCGCUCCCGAUCACAACCAGGUUUCUCAAAAGACGAAUGGGCUGCAGCGAUACAAUGGGUUGUAACUAGGGGGAAUCCAUCACAUAAUGAGCUCGAGUGGAUCGGGCUCUAUUAUGCGCAAUAUGACUUCUUCCAGGGUAUUGAACGUCAAUUCACUCGGUAUGACAGGAGGUACUUGUGUUGAAGAGCGCGGAUCACAUCCG